GAGCCGUCAGCACCAGAGCCACGGGCAGACAUGGCGGGGCAGAUGGCAGUGCUGGGCUCUGCUGUGCUGGCCCUGCUCCUAGCCAGCUACCUGGCCCAGCAGUAUCUGCCCAUGCCCACCCCCAGAGUCAUUGGGAUCGACCUCGGCACCACCUACUGCUCUGUGGGCGUCUUCCUGCCUGGAACCGGGGAUGUGAAGGUCAUUGCAGAUGAGAACGGGCACAGCAGCAUCCCCAGCGUCGUCUCCUUCACACACACAGGGGUGCACGUGGGCUAUGAGGGCCUGGAACUGGCUGAUGCCAAUCCUCAGAACACCAUAUAUGAUGCCAAGAGAUUCAUCGGGAAAAUCUUCACUGCAGAAGAACUGGAAAGYGAAAGCAGCAGGUAUCCCUUUAAGAUUGUCAACAACAAUGGAUUAGCUGAAUUUUCUGUGACAACUAAUGAAACCUUUCACAUCACUCCAGAGGGCAUUGGCUCUAAGCUGCUGCUGAAACUGAAGAAAAUGGCAGAAGCCAACCUUGGCACACCCAUUUCCAAGGCAGUCAUCUCCGUGCCAGCAGAGUUUGAUGAAAGACAGCGGAAUUCUACCAUUAAGGCAGCUAACCUUGCAGGACUCCGUGUUUUGCGAGUAAUCAAUGAGCCCACAGCUGCUGCUAUGGCCUAUGGACUCCACAAAGCUGAUGUCUUUAAUGUUCUGGUGGUGGAUUUGGGUGGAGGAACUUUGGAUGUGUCUCUGUUGAACAAGAUGGGAGGGAUGUUCAUCACACGAGCCAUGGCAGGUAACAAUAAACUUGGAGGACAGGAUUUCAACCAGAGGUUGAUGGUGUAUUUAUAUGAUCAGCUCCGUCAAACAUAUGGUUCUCUGCCRACACAAAAAGAGGAGAUUCACCGCCUCAGGCAGGCUGUGGAAGCAGUUAAAUUAAACCUGACUGUCCAGGAGGCAGCUACACUGAGGGUGCUGUUGACUCUUCCAGCAAACAACCUCACAAAAGAACUUGAAAAAAGCCACGUAAAAACAAACAGUUCACUCAAAGGCAAGGCCUCACAAAACACAGAAGACCUGAAAAAUCUUGGAGACACUUCAAAAGUGGAGRAUAAUUUUGUCGAAGUUGCGUUUGAAACAGAAAUCUCUCGGAAGCUGUUUGAGACGUUAAAUGAGGACCUUUUUGAGAAGAUUCUUGUGCCCAUUGAACAGGUUUUGCAGGAAGGCCACCUGGAUAAAGCAGAAGUGGAUGAAAUYGUGUUAGUCGGAGGCUCCACACGGAUUCCCAAAAUCCGUGAAGUUAUUCGGGACUUCUUUGGAAAGGAGCCCAACACCUCUGUAGAUCCUGACCUGGCAGUUGUGACAGGUGUAGCCAUCCAGGCAGGAAUUCUUGCUGGCUCCUGGCCUCUCCAAGUCAGUGCUAUAGAAAUUCCUAACAAGCAUUUACGGAAGACUAAUUUUAACUGAAAAGAAACCCUUCCCAUUUGCAUUCCAGCUCUCCAAAAGGAUUCAUACUUACCUGACUGGCAAAGGAACCUAUUCUUAGACAUAUUCUAUUCAAUUUUCACCUGUUCCAGUUAGGUGUUACUGGACACCUAGCUGUGCUAAAGCUUGAUGUUACUUUAAAGGUACAAAUGAGUUCUGAAGYGUGCUGUGUUUACUUGGAGAUGGGACAUUGGAUGAAAAUGCCAGUGAUGACACACCCACCUUUUCUUGCUAAAUUUUAUUAGCAAAUCUUGGAGUGGUGUGUGUUUAAAAUAUAAAGGGAGUGUGACCAAAGGUUUGAGAUGAUGCAGUACUGUGGUAUUCCGGGACCAAUGUAUUAACUUUGCAGGACUGUGAAGCAGCAUUAACGCACAGAGCACUGGCAGUGUUCACCUUACACUUAUUUAUUAGAUUGAGCCAUUUAAGCACCUUCCCAAAAGGCAUCUUGCAGCUUAAAUGAGAYUGAGGCAUUCACUUGAUUCUUCUGCUGUUCAUAACAGCAUAAUGGUAUUGCUGAGGCUCUGUGGCAAAUUGUCCCAUGUUUAGGAACCCUKAYUGAAAACAUAGUUCUUGCCAGUGCARUUACUUGGUCUCCCAAGGACUUCAUUCCUGACCUGGCUGUGGUGGUUAAACACAGGUACUGAUGUUCUACACGGAGAAUGAGGGUGUAUUGCCAAAUAUUCAUACCUGCCCCUGCCUUAUUUUAAAACUGCGGUGGUUUGAUGGAUCUUGAAGCCACACCUGCCUGUCUUCCCUUGAAUUUGACCAACACGAAUUUCAUCGUUGUGCAUUUACAAGUGUAUGACAUCUUCUCCCUGAAGUACCCUAAGCCAUACUGUCCGYGGGGAGAAAGUGUGGGACAGAAGGGAUGGCCUGGAUGAAAUGUAGUUCUUGUAGUCUUAGUAAAUGAAAAUUAACCCAAUUACUUUGUUCUUGUUAGCUCAUCUGUGGUUUACGUUUUGUCAUAUCCCCACUCUAACUGAACAGAGGUUGUAGCUGUCCUGUUAAGAAGGAAGCUGUGUGUUUAACCUGGGGUUUGAGGUGGCACUUCUUAGGACUCUCUUUUAGGCAAUAGUCACUAUCCAGAUAUCUUGAAAAUGUGUGAGAACAAAGUUACUGAUCUGAAAAAAACCCCAAACUGGUGACCCUCUCUCUUUGGAGGAAUUAAGCAAUAAUUAAUAAUUAAUUACAAAAAAUCAUGUCAUUCAGCUAAGACUGGUUUCAACAUCCAUCAGCUAAGUCUUCAUCAGGUAAGCUCUAGUAACAGGUGGUUUUAAGGAUUUUCUUGUCUUCUCCAGAAUAAUUUUGUAUUAACCUUGCUAAGAUAAAGUGUGAGGCUUAGAUUUAUUGUUUUAACCUAUGACURCAUUAAAAUAGGCUUACUACUCUUCUGGCAGUAGGCCUGAUUUAUGGCACUGCCAUAAAUCAGUUGUGCUGAUUCAGCUGUUGGCAUAGCUAUUGUCUAAAUGCAUCUUCGAAGUAAUCCAAUUAAAAACCUCUUAAAUUGAAUCAUAGUUGCACACAGCCAUUCCAUCAGCGUUGUUUAACUUGACAGAGGAUUCCCAAAGUACUGCUAACAUCUGUUAAAGUUCCCUGAGUUGAAAACCAAAGUGAUUUUUUUUAUUUGAGGAUUCUUUUUUUCCUUUGUGCCUGUUUGAAAGUGACCCCAACUAAGUCUGUAUGGRACUUGCAGUAACUCAAACUCCUGCAGUGAAAGAAGUGCCUCUUCAGUGACACCAUGGAUGAAUGCCAGCAUGCUGUACAGUCCUCAGUUGCUGUUGGGGGCCUUUGCUUUGCAGACAGAAAUGUAUUUAACAUCUGUACCAAUGUCUUUAGAGUCAUUGUGGCCUUUCCUUCUGCCUUGCGGUAUAUUCAUCUCAAAAUCCACUGGAGUUACAGUAGGACUUUGGUCUUCAUGUCUUUAAUGCACUGURUAAAACAAGCAGACCUGUAUAGAAAUAGAAACACAUCACAAUGAAGUUAAACAAUUAAAAGCUUUUGCAGUUCUGGGAUAAGUUAGGUAGGAGCUAUUAAAACUCUCAAGGCAAAUAAAUGUACUUUUUUCUUUCACAUCCUCCUUUACCCUGGAGGAGUUAAAUCUCCUUCAGUGUUAAUCUGGGAAUUGGAAGAGCAGGUUUACUUGUAAAAAAGAAAAAUUCACAAAAGGGUAUUUAUACAGAUUUCUAUACAGGUUGGACUUUUUAGUAGAGAAGUUACUGCGUACAUUGGAUAUCACAAUGCGUCCUUAUUUAUUAAAUUUUCUGAAUUAUUUAUUUUGUAUUUUUAAUAGUGUAUUUUGACACAAACAAUUGAAUUUURAAGACAAGUCCACUGUACUAAGUGGAUGUUUCUGGGUAUGCACAUGGGCUGCUUACCAGAAGUCUCUCUGUAAAAAAGUUGAUAUUUGAAGACUGAAAUCUUUCUAUAAUCCUUAUGGUUGCCUGUGGUGGUAGGUGUUUAACAAACUUCUCUAGCUAAGGCUUGUUUGGUGAGUUGAAAUUCUGAAAGCAUCAAGAGGCCUCAACAAUUGUGUGUUCCUAAAUUUUUUCCCAGUGCAGAUGAUGAAAUGCAUUUUAUAAAUAACAUUUUAGAAUAUUUUUAAUAAAAGCAAUUUCUAUCCCUUGGAUAUGUCUUCUUUCACUUUCUCAAAGAAAUUUCUUGGUCUUCCUCAAAUUCCUUUGAAGGGUACAAGAUGACGUUGUGUCAGCACUGAUAGAGUAUCUCAGUACUGUGCGAAAGUAUUGUCUUGGGAACUGUGAGAUCUGGAGAAAAAUUACAGUGUUUCAUA